GUUUGUCGUCAUCGUCUCUCCCUCUACUUUCCAAACUCAUCCUGAGUAAUAUUUAUAGUUAAGAUUCAGGUUAGAAGUUGGGCAAAAUCAAACCUCUUUUCCUCUUUCUUUUUCUUUGUAGACCAAGAAAACUUCCCGUUGAUCCUCUCUUGAUUUCUUCUUCUUACAAGAUUAAUUCUCAGUCAUUUAGCUUUAAAAAAAUGGGUGACAUCAUCGGUCGCAAUGAUAGGGAGAUAUUAUUACCCUCUCAUGUUCUCCAAGAUCCCUUGUUUGAUCAUUCUAACAAACAUCAGUUGCAUAACUCCUUCAUCAACCACAACCAUGGCAGCGGUGGAUUCCGUCGACCCGGUGCACCACCUUCAGAUUCCUUCAGAGAAACUUUUCCUUGGAACUAUAAUACGUUACAAACUCAGCAGAACAAUUGGCAAAUGAGUAAAAGAGAGGACCAAAUGCAAGCAUUUUUCUUGGUUCCUCCGGGCCGUAAAGCUUCUGGCACCGGAGUAUUUCUUCCGGCCAGUGCUUGUCAUCUGCCAACAAAAAAAACAGCUUCUACAACGGUGCUUCUCCCGGUGCGUGUUGUUCAAGCUCUCAAUCGCAGCGUUCACAACAAGCGUAUUCAUAUUUCUCCCCGUUCAGAAAUGGCAGAAAAUGAUUCGAAGAAGAAGAGCGAGAUGGUGGAAACACCAGUGAACACUGAAGGCGAAACUCUGAUUGAUUCGCCAGAGAAACUUCUCCCGGAGGAAUGGAUUUAUUGAUGGCCAAGUUACCUAUUAAUGUGAAUGAAUAGAAUCAAAUAAAAAUAAAAUGAAAGAUUGUAAUGUGGAUUCUUGUGUCGUGUAUGCUUGCCAUUGGGUUAGUGUAAUAUACCUAAAUAAGAUCAACCCGUUUGUGA